GUUUUACUUCAAAUCCUUUGUAGUUGCUUUUCAAUACAUUCUAUGAUAUUUUUCAAAGAAUACAUAAUUACCAAAAGUUCUAACUUGUACUUAAUAUUAGUCAAUCUUGUAGAAGCAUCUUAAUUUACUGUUUGAUGAUUGUUCCAUUUGUAUUCAUGUAUUUAGAAGUUGAAAAAUUUACAAUGCCUAUUAUUUUAUAAACAAUAUUUUUGUCUUGUGAUAUCAUUUUAUGUUGCUUAGAUUAGUAUUUAAUCAGAAUAUUUGUGAUAGACUUUUUGAAAGAAAAGUAACGAUAUAAUUUGAAAGCAGGUAAUAUAUUUAUCUAUUUUUAGCUUUGCACAAUCGCAAAAGUUUUGAGGAUUAAUUAUAAAAAAGCAUAAUGAGCAAGUCAGAUGAUUUCACAUGA